AUGGACUCCUCCUCCGCCUCCCCUCCCGCCGUGCCUGCUGUAGACAGCACGCUGGGCGCGCUCCUCAUAUGUACCAGUAUCGCGAUGCUUAUGUAUGGGCUUCUUAUUCACCAGACGUUCCAGUACUAUCGGAUGUUCACGGAAGAAAAGCUAUACCUUAAGCUCUGGGUCGCUUUCGUCUUCAUCACUGAAACGUACACCAUCGUUGUAGCUCUGGAAGAGACUAUUAUCCAGCUGCUACCCCCGAUUGCGACCUUCACUCCGGUAGCGGUGGAGAUCUUCUUUAUGCGCCGCGUCUGGCUUCUCGGUCGUCAGUACAGACCACUCGUCGCUGUCGCUUUCGCUUUCGUGGUCUCGUUUUACGCGGGUCUCACCGGCCGGCUCUCGUUCUCGUUCCAAGGUUGCUACAUCGCUAUUUCGGUCGUCGGAUACACUGCGCCGGACCCACUCGAGUGGCUUCGCAGGGGCGCACGUCUCGCCGGUAUCGGCAGUGUGCUCCUCGAAGUCGGCGACCUGAUCACGACGAGCGUGCUUGUAUACGUGCUCUUCUCGAGUCGCUCUGAGAUUCGCCGCACCAACUCCAUCAUCGACUUGCUCAUCAAGUACACCGUGACCACUGGCAUGCUUUGCGGUCUCUCCUUGAUCAUCAGCAUCGUCUUCGCCUUCCUCUACCCAAACACGAUGAUCUGGAUCGCGAGCGACGUCUUCAUCAGCAAGCUCCAGGCCAACGUCUUCGUCGCCACCCUGAACGCCCGCCGCGGCCUCUCGAACGAGUUCAGCCACGUCACGCCCUCGGUCUCGAAGCCGCCGCUCGUCAGCUUCCCCUCCGGGCGCUCGAUGGGCGCGAGCAACACGAUCGACGCGACGCGCUACGAGCUCAAGGCGAUCGCCGGCGGGCCCCACCGGGCGACGUCGGACGUGUACGGGUCCGAGACCGCGUUCGGCGCGGACAGCAAAGUCUGA